AUGAAACUCUUCAGUAGUAUUUUAGUUUAUCGGCGAUUUUUUCUUGUAGUGUUCACUCUGUUGAUUUUACUGCCAUUGCCAAUUAUCCUCCAUACCAAGGAAGCAAAAUGUGCCUACACACUCUUUGUCAUCGCCAUGUUUUGGCUUACAGAAGCUUUGCCUCUGUCAGUCACGGCUUUGCUGCCUGGUUUAAUGUUCCCAUUGUUUGGGAUCAUGUCUUCCAAGAAGGUGGCAUCUGCUUAUUUCAAAGAUUUUCACCUACUGCUAAUUGGAGUCAUAUGUUUAGCAACAUCAAUAGAAAAGUGGAAUUUGCACAAAAGGAUUGCCCUGAGAAUGGUGAUGAUGGUGGGUGUGAACCCAGAAUGGUUGACGUUGGGGUUCAUGAGCAGUACUGCCUUCUUAUCAAUGUGGCUUAGCAACACCUCCACGGCUGCCAUGGUGAUGCCCAUUGUGGAGGCUGUGGCACAGCAGAUCAUCAGUGCUGAAGCAGAAGUCGAGGCUACUCAGAUGAACUGUAUCAGUGGAGCAACCAACUAUGGAUUGGAGACUGAUGAAAGUGCUAAUGGACAAGAAACAAAUGAGAGCAAAGAGAAAACAAAACAAGUUCCAGGAUGCAGUAAUGAUUCAGGGAAAGUUUCAAGAAAGAUGGAGGUGGAAAAGAACUUAGGCACAGGGACUAAAUAUCGAACAAAGAAGGACCACAUGAUGUGUAAGCUCAUGUGCUUGUGCAUUGCUUACUCUUCUACCAUCGGUGGACUAACAACCAUCACGGGUACUUCUACCAACUUGAUCUUCACUGAGCAUUUCAAUGAACGCUACCCUGACUGCCAAUGCAUCAACUUUGGAUCAUGGUUCGUGCUUUCCUUUCCAGCUGCUAUAAUUAUUCUAAUCCUAUCCUGGAUUUGGCUUCAGUGGCUUUUCCUAGGUUUCAAUAUUAAAGAGAUGUUUAAAUGUGGCAAGACUAAAACUGUGAAACAAAAAGCUUGUGCUGAUGUAAUUAAACAAGAAUAUCAGAAACUUGGGCCAAUGAGGUAUCAAGAAAUUGUGACGUUGGUCCUCUUCAUUAUCAUGGCCGUGCUGUGGUUUAGCCGAGAUCCAGGAUUUGUUUCUGGUUGGUCUGUGCUUUUUUCAGAGUAUCCUGGUUUUGCUACAGAUUCAACUGUUGCUUUACUUAUAGGACUUCUGUUCUUUCUUAUACCAGCUAAAAGAUUGACUAAAACUACAUCCGCAGGAGAAAUUGUUGUUUUUGAUUAUUCUCCAUUGAUUACUUGGAAAGAAUUCCAGUCAUUCAUGCCCUGGGACAUAGCAAUUCUUGUUGGUGGAGGAUUUGCCUUGGCAGAUGGCUGUGAGGAAUCGGGACUCUCCAAAUGGAUGGCAAAUCAAUUAUCUCCUCUAGGUUCAUUACCAGGAUGGCUAAUAAUCCUGAUAUCUUGUUUGCUGGUCACAUCUUUAACAGAAGUAGCCAGCAAUCCUGCAACAAUUACCCUUCUUCUCCCAAUUCUAGCCCCACUGGCUGAAGCUAUUCAAAUGAAUCCUCUGUAUAUUUUAAUACCUUCUACUCUCUGUACUUCAUUUUCAUUCCUUUUACCAGUGUCAAAUCCACCCAAUGCAAUUGUGUUUUCUUAUGGCCAUCUAAAAGUUAUUGACAUGGUUAAAGCUGGAAUUGGUGUAAAUAUUAUAGGUGUUGCUGUCGUCAUGCUUGGCAUGUUCACCUGGAUUUCACCCAUGUUUGACCUCCACACUUACCCUUCUUGGGCUCCUAUAAUUAGCAAUGAAACUAUGCCUUGA